AUGGAUGUUAUCAACAUGAUCAAAAUAGAUGAUUUAAUAACAGAUGAAUUAUAUAAUAAAUACUAUCAAAUUAAAUUGAUGUACGAUAGCAUGAAAAAUAAAAAUGUUAAAAUAAGUGAACAAAGAAAACCAUAUAAUUCAAGCAAAAAUAUUGAUAAUCCGAAAUCAACAAUACAUAAUCAUCGUGAAAUUCGAUGGGAAAUAGACUAUGAUGCAGAAGGUGUUUUAUUUUAUGAAUGA